GCGAAGAACAGGUGCAUGCUGGGUGUGGCUAAUCGUAGAAGCUAAAAUGUUCAUGGCCGCGCAUCUUCCAUGUGAUUGCGGAUUUCUGCGUUCGCUGGGUAACGUCGACCCUUAAGUGAGAUGGAUGCGAUAUUUAACAUACUUAAGCAGUUCCGACUGAACUCCUACUACAACCAGUUUGUCCAGUUGGGUGUAAAGGAUGAUACAGAUUUCCUGGAUGGCGUAACAGAUGAAGAUCUGAACAAAAUUGGUUUAAGUCAUGUGGAGAAAAAACGUUUUUCAGCAAUGAAAAACUUCAUUCAAAGACUCAGAGCUCUGAAGCGCCAAGAUCAAACUUUGACGCCUGUGGAAAAACCAUUGGAGUCGUUUUGGCUGCAGUACACGUAUCCCAAAUGUCCUCAACCAAAAUGUGUAGCAGAUAUGGAUCCAGCACAAAACACACUUGAUGAUCUGAUGUUGAGGAUUGGCCAUCUUGAAAGUGUUGGAAAUUCCAAAGGAGUCUGUCUCUACACAGUCGAUGGGAUGCCCUUGACAGAUGAUCCCUACUUCAACACAUGGUCUUUGAAAGACAGAUAUAUUCAAAGUGGAUCUGUGAUUUAUGCCAUAUUCACACCAAAAGAAAACCUGAAACGGGCUCAAAUACCAAAGCAAGAAGUUGUUGAAACCUUUGGAAGAAGUGUGGUUCGAUGCCACAUUAUGCUUAAGGGAGACUUUGAGGUGAUGGUGAACUUGGCAAGUGACACCAUAACCAGCCUGAGUCUCAAGCUGGCAAAUGAAAGUGGAAUCCCAGCACAUGUCCUACAUUACAAAGGUCAACAUUGUGGUGAUGACACUCUGCAAAGUUGUGGGAUCUCUGAAGAGUCAACGGUUAACUUCUCUUUGUCCACCUUUUCUGACAAGACUUCACGCAAUGAGAGAUUCUUCAUUAAUGAUGUUGUGCCUUCAGUCCAACAAACCCAGAAAGGAAUCAGUUUGUUCUUGUCUUCCCUUUUCGCUGUUGAACAUCAUUAUUCAACAGAGAAACUGAAGAAACUGAUUUCCUACAUAAGGAAACUGACUGGAUGUAACCCUCUUGCUCAAAGUUUGCAUCAGUUACUCUGCAGGAAUGAAACGCUAACCAGGAAUCAGAAGAUUGCAGUUGUUGAAGGGUUGUACAUACUCUUCAGAGAGCUUUUGCCUCAGCGUAAAACACUGCAAGAGGAGAAACCCAUUGAAGACCUGAAUGUCUUUGAGAAUUCACUGUACUGCUGGGCACAUCUCUUAUCGGAAGCAAAGAAACUGGCGUCAGACCAGGAGAUCUACGGAACAAUCACUCUUACGUCUGAAGAUGGUAGCCGCUUCUCUGAACCAGUCAGAGUACCUGGACUGCCUGGAGCUUUUGAACGUGCAUAUGUUUGUCAGAAAAUCAAAGAUGGAGAGAAAAUUCCAAAUUGCACUGAAGAGGUUUUGCGAGAAACAUCAAUACAGAGAGCCAGCGACAUUGAGAAAGUGUUGCUCAGCUUGCCUCCAUUCAUCAGAAAUUAUGCUCUUUGGAUUCACCAUGACAACACUGCGGGUCAGAACUUUCAGGUAAACAUGGAGAAGACCUUCGCAAGUAUGGUGGAAGAAUUAAAAUCUCCUGACAAUCAGUACAUCAAUGUGACCCCACCUCUACAUCUGAAGGAGCUAGGGCAGUGCGGGUCGCGCCUUGUUCUACUCAGUGAAGACAACAUUGGCGUAUGUUUGAAUAAAGAAAAAGGAUCCCCUGAUAUGAUCGUAGUGCAUGAUUGUUUGGAUGGCCAUUACAAAACCUUGGAUGUGAAUGAGCUGGCAGCCAGGACUGGCGACCAUAGCGAUGGCCGAACAUUUGUCACAACCAGGACCCCAAAAGAGGCUAUACUGGUGAUGAUAGACACAAGCUCCUCCAUGGAGGAGGAGUGCUAUGAAAGUGCAGAAAUCAAGAAGAUCAAUGCCGUGAAAGAGCUAUUUGACAACUUUGCAACAAGGACCAUGGCUUAUGACUUUUAUCAUGUCAUCGGCCUCGUGAAGUUUGACUCCCUGGUGAAAGUUCUCCACACGUUUACCGAAAAUCUGGAAAGGUUCAAGGAACACGUACGUAACAUUGAGGCCAGUGGAUGUACUCUGCUGUAUGACGCCCUGCGACGUGGGGCAUGUGAGCUGGAAAAAGUCAAGACGAGGUUCCCAGAUUGUAGACUUCACAUCAUUUGUCUCACUGAUGGAAAUGAUUCUGGAUCCUCAAUAGAGCCAGAUGUUGUCACAGCCAAACUGCUAAAAUCUAACAUCAUUGUGGACUCAAUACUUCUUGGAAAUGUGGAGAACAAUAUGCUUCAUGGAAUCAGCAAUGCAACAGGGGGUUGUUGUUUCAAACCACGGACAACCAAAGAGGGUCUGAAGCUCUUUGAGAUUGAGACAGUUCUGUCUUUGGAGCAGAGGAAACUCAAGAAAAAACUUGACCCGUCCUCCAUCAGUCAGCAUAGGUUGUCCAACAUCUUCAUUACUCAUGGGUAUGACAAAUGUCCAGAGAUGUCCUUGCCAAGCCAGUUAAACAGCAAAGUGACAGUGACGGAGAGUGCCCUGAAAAAGAAGCUCAAGGAGUCAAAGGGGAUGUUCCUGGAGAAGGACAAACGUGUCCUGGAUGAGCUGAAGAGCCUGCAUUGCAACCCACAUCCCUUCUUCAGAAUCUUUCCAUCAGAGUCAGACUUUACGUUCUGGAGGAUUCUCAUGCAAGGCCCUCCUGACACACCGUAUAAGAAAGGAGUGUUUGAGCUGUACUGCCAGUUUGGUCCAGACUACCCAGCAAAGCCUCCACUCGUCCGCUUUGUCACACAAGUGUACCACUGCAAUGUAAACAGUGUGGGCCGCAUCUGCCACAACAUAUUUGACCGCAACUACAAUGCCCACAUCACCAUGAGAGAGAUCCUAGAAGCUGUGUAUGGACUGCUCAUCAUCCCUGAGCCUGCCGAUCCACUGGACAGCAUUUUGGCUGAGGAAUUCCUGACGAGCCGUGAGACGUAUGAACUACACGCUGAGAAACAUACAGAGGCAACUGCAGAAAAGUCACUAGAUGACAUGGAGAAACAAUUGGUGGAGUCCGUGCCACAGUUUAUACCCCAACAUCUGAUCUGUCCACUCACCAAGAACAUGUUUGUUGAUCCUGUAAAAACAGUGUAUGGCACCGUGUACGAACGCAAGGCCAUUGAGGAACAUCUAAAGCAACACCCGUACGAUCCGAUGGCUGGCCCCGAACACAAGCUUGAAAUGAGUGACAUCAGAGCGGACAAGGACAUGAAGAAAAUGGUGAUGGAUCAUCGUUCCCGUCAAAUUCAGAUCUAAGUUGCAGCUGAGUAGUUUUUAUUUUUUUUAAAUCAGGUUCUUGUGAAAAAGGAAAUUGGCCAUCUACUCUUAAUUUUGUAUUGCUACAAGUUUUUCUUAGUUAAUUUAUAUUGUAACAUUAUUUAAUUAAUCACUUGGGAAAUGUUAAUGCAGGUCUUUUUCAUUAAUUUUCCUCUUCCUGGCAUUACUUCUACUUUUCAAAUGAACAGUGAUGGACAUUCUUUUUUACUGUUGAAACACUUGUUUCGAGUUGAUUGUGUUUCUGACUUUUGAUUAUUCAGUGUUCUUUAAAAUACUAUCCUAUUUCA